ACCAGUUCCAGAUGUGCCGCAGGAACCUGGAGGUCAUGCCCAGCAUCGUCCGGGCUGCCCGCCACACCAAGAGCUGCUGCCAGAAGACCUUUGCAGAUAUGAGGUGGAACUGCUCCUCCAUCCAGCGAGCACCCAGCUUUGGCCCUGACCUGCUGAGAGGAACCCGGGAAUCUGCCUUUGUCUACGCACUGGCUGCCGCCGCCCUCCACACCUCCACCACCCACGCAAUCGCCCAGGCCUGUGCCUCAGGAGAGGUCCCUCUCUGCUCCUGUGGCUCUGUCCCCUCGGAGGUCCCUGGGCCGGACUUCAGAUGGGGUGGCUGUGGGGACAACCUCAGCUACGGCCUCCAGCUUGGUGCCGCUUUUGCUGACAGUCCCUUAAAAUCCAGCAAGCUGGGGACACAAGCACUCAAGGCCAUGAAUCUGCAUAACAGUGCAGUGGGUCGGCAGGUGCUGAGUGACUCCCUCGAUACCAAGUGUAAAUGCCAUGGUGUUUCAGGCUCCUGCUCAGUGAAGACCUGUUGGAAGGGACUGGCAAAGUUGGAUGAAAUAGCCUCUGACCUCAAGUCCAAGUACCUGGCAGCCAUCAAGGUGACCCACCGGCUCAUAGGGCCCAGGAAGCAGCUAAUACCCAAGGACAUGGAGGUCAGGCCAGUGGAAGAGACAGAUCUGGUUUAUCUCAUCAGCUCUCCUGACUACUGCACACCGAACCUUCACCUGGGGUCUCUGGGGACACAGGAUAGGCAGUGCAACAAGACCUCCGUGGGCAGCGACAGUUGCAACCUUAUGUGCUGUGGCCGCGGCUACAACACCUACACAGAGGAGGUGGUGGAGAGGUGUCACUGUAAAUAUCACUGGUGCUGCUAUGUGGUGUGCAAGAAGUGUCAGCGGAAGGUGGAGAGAUAUGUCUGUAAAUAA